AUGGACGCUACAACUACUUUAGCCGCAACGAAUUUUCUAUUUGCUAGUUUAGCUUACGUAUUCAGUAAAAAGGAUCAAGUCAGCAAUAUCCAAGAUAAGUAUGUCCUGAUUACUGGAUGCGAUGGUGGAUUUGGCAGAGCAUUUGCUGAGCGAUGCCAUCAGCUUGGUUUUCAUGUUUUUGCUGCUUGCUUAAAAGAGGAGUCAGUACAACAAUUAAAAUGCUAUGCUGAUCGUAUGAUUCCUUUCAAGCUCGAUGUUACCGAUAGCCAACAAAUUCAACAAGCAGUCAAUUUAGUUAAUGCACAAUUACCAGAAGGGCAAGGACUAUGGGGACUCGUCAAUAAUGCUGGAUUAUGUGAAACUGCGUUUAUCGAUUGGCUCAAAAUUGAUACAUUUCGUCGACUUGCUGAUGUCAAUUUAUUCGGUCUAAUUGACGUAACUUGUCACUUUCUACCUUUAAUCAAGAAAGAGAGAGGUCGAAUUGUCAAUAUGGCAAGUGUAGCUGGUAUUCACGCAUCGCCAUUAUUUGGAGCCUAUGCUGUUUCUAAAUUUGGUGUAGUGGCUUUCUGCAAUGCAUUAAGAUUGGAAAUGCUUCCCUUCGGUGUCGGAGUUCAUUGUGUUUGUCCAACAGGAUUUGCAACUGGUAUGACUAUCCCUGACAGAAUGAUCGAAUCAACACGCUCUAGAUAUAAUGAUGCUAGUGACGAUGUCAAAGAGAGUUAUAAGUUGGUUCUUGCACAAGUUGAAGAGAAAAUCGAAAAACUUUGUACGAAAAUACCAACUGAUCUAAGUCCGGUAGUGGAGGCAGUAGAAGAUGCUUUACUUAGUAGGAAACCAAAAAGGUUUUACUAUGUUGGACCUUUUACAAUGUUUUAUCGAUUGUUGUCCUGCUGUCCAACUAGCCUAGCGGAUUGGAUUUCCCUUAAAUUGUCCAGCCAUUAUACUCCAAAUAUGCGCAUUAUAAGUAAGCAAUAA